GUCUCUCUCUUCUCUCUCGAAAACUCCGGCGAGAGAACACGCGAUUCUGGUGGACCACUGUUGGAUUCAUUGCUGAGAUGGACUAUGAGAAUUUUUGGCAAACAUUUAAAACUGGGGUGCAUAGAGGACCGUGAAAACCACAAGCGCAUAGCUCCACUGCUUCGAUUUUUCUCCUCCCAGAGUGAGAAUGACAUGAUCAGCUUGGAUGAGCAUGUUGAGAACAUGAAACCUGAACAGAAAGCCAUAUAUUACAUAGCUUCCGACAGCAUUACAAGUGCGAAGAAUGCACCUUUUCUCGAGAAGAUCCUUGAGAAGGGACUUGAGGUACUAUACUUGGUAGAACCUAUUGAUGAAGUUGCCGUACAGAGCUUAAAAGCUUACAAGGACAAAAUUUUUGUAGAUAUCAGCAAGGAAGACUUGGAUCUAGAGGUGUUUCGAGGAAAGAGAUUAAGGAAGCUUUUGAGCUGUUUGACACUGAUGGGUCUGGCACCAUUGAUGCUAAAGAGCUUAAUGUUGCUAUGAGGGCGCUUGGUUAGAAACAGAGUUAGAGCUUUAGAGGAAAGCUUGAGUGGUUGACCAGCUAAAGGCGUUGUUAGUGAUUUGGCAAUUGGUUUGGGACAUGGGGAGAGCUUAGGAUGCUCUAGAAUUCACCUUAGGACUCUUUCGUUUGGUUGUCAAGGAGGUGGCCAAGAGACUACGGCGUAAGCUCUCUCUCUCUCUCUCUCUCUCUCUCUCUCUCUCUCUCUCUCUCUCUCU